UCCCUUAUGUAAAUUCCUGGCCUCUGGACACUGUAGGAGCUGCUUUUCCCUUAUUGGAUUGUCUCCCCUUAACUGGGAAGGGCUCAUUCAAAUUUAAUAAAUAGCUUAUAGAAGAGCAGAAACUCUUUCAUACGCUGGAACUAGCUUUUCAGAGGGAACAGAUUUUUAGCAAGAGAACUCAAGCAAUUGCUGCCAUGCCGGGGAAGCCAGUCCUUCACUACUUCGAUGGCAGGGGGAGAAUGGAGCCCAUCCGGUGGCUCCUGGCUGCAGCUGGAGUAGAGUUUGAAGAAAAGUUUCUGAAAACUCGGGAUGACCUGGCCAGGUUAAGAAGUGAUGGGAGUUUGAUGUUUGAACAAGUGCCCAUGGUGGAGAUUGACGGGAUGAAGCUGGUGCAGACCAAAGCCAUUCUCAACUACAUUGCCACCAAAUACAACCUCUAUGGGAAGGACAUGAAGGAGAGAGCCCUCAUCGACAUGUAUGCAGAAGGUGUGGCCGAUCUGGAGUUGAUGGUUCUCUAUUACCCCCACAUGCCCCCUGGGGAGAAAGAGGCGAGUCUUGCCAAGAUCAAGGACAAAGCAAGGAACCGUUACUUCCCUGCCUAUGAGAAGGUGUUGAAGAGCCAUGGACAAGAUUAUCUCGUUGGCAACAAGCUGAGCAGGGCUGAUGUUUCCCUGGUUGAACUUCUCUACCAUGUGGAAGAGAUGGACCCAGGUGUUGUGGACAACUUCCCUCUGCUAAAGGCCCUGAGAACCAGAAUCAGCAACCUCCCCACAGUGAAGAAGUUUCUUCAGCCUGGCAGCCAGAGGAAACCUUUUGAUGAUGAGAAAUGUGUAGAAUCAGCGAAGAAGAUCUUCAGUUAAUUCAGUCAGCUAUGGAUACACUGUACCCACAAAGCCAGCCUAAGAAAGCUCUGCAACAAUGAAAUGUUUUGACUAAAUGUUGACCCUACUUAUUGGGAGGCUAACAUGUUUUCUAAGGCUUCUGUGUUAAUUCAUAUAGACAUGACUCAUGAGGAAUUGCUGGGAUGCCAUCUAGUUGUAGUUAAAACCACAAUCACGAUCACUUCCUCGGAUAUUUUCUUAAUGUUCAAUAAAACAAAACAAGCUUCUUAGACUCUGGAGUAUCCAAA